AUGUCUACCCUGCAUCAAUCCUCUAUCCAGCCGAAUGGACAACCAGUCUCGAAAGAUUUCUUGGUGUCCAAUUGCUCGCCAACUUUUUCCUCAGCUACCGACUCCGAUGAAUCCAGUGAGAGCAAAGGUGAACGUUUGCUGAGCCUAUUCGAACAGCCUGAACCUAGCCACCCAAAGAUAAAAGUCCGAUUCGAGAGAGGAAGUCGUUCAUUUCCAUACACUCGGUGCAAGACUCGAUGGCGAAAACGUCCUCAAGACGAGAUCAAGUAUCUACGUGCUCACACGGCUGAGCUGGAGAACCUGAAGAAUGCAUUGAGCAAUCCAGACACGACACCCAACCAGCUCGAAGAGAUUGGUAGAGAUCGUAACAUACUUCGCGACGACUGCUGCAACCAAAAGCUAGAUGCCGCGUUGAUAGAAAACCGAAAGCUACGUACGAUGGUUGCGGGUUGUUACCAAGUAGCAAAAAAACUUCAAGAUGCAAUUGAUGGACACGCGAGGAUGAAAGCACGAGAAGUAUACUAUCCUACCAAUGCAGCAGCGCCAAACGAGUUAAUCGUCGCCUUGUUGGAUGAAGCUACAAAGCUGUACUGCUGA